AUGGUUUCUUCCUUCCUCUUGGAGGUGUUCAAAUCUGAAUUACAUACAAGUGAAGAUGCUUUGUUGCCAGCACCUCAGAAUAUCUCUAUUCUUUCUACCAACAUGAAACACUUCUUAACUUGGAGUCCUGUGAUCGUCCAGGGAGAAACUGUGAGAUACUCUGUUGAGUUUCAGGGGGAGUAUGAACGAGAGUAUGCCAAUGAAAGCUGGAUUCCCAUCUGCGAAUGUUCACUCAUCACAGUUACAGUGUGUAACAUCACAGAGGAUAUCUCAGCCACUGUGGCCUAUAACCUGCGUGUAAGGGCAGACGUUGGUGCUAGAAGAUCAGAGUGGGGCACACUGAAAGGUUUCUUCAAUCGCAUCGCAACUUCCCUGACUCCACCUCUGAUGAAGGUCAUAGCAGAUGGGUAUCAUUUACUAGUGGAGCUGGAAGACAUGGGGCCUGCCUUUCAGUUCUGUGUUCUCUAUUGGAAGAAGGGCCAGGAGAGUAGGGUGCAGCAGAAGGUGGUGAAAGAGGUCAGCUCCGUGGUUCACCUGGACACCGUGGAGGCAGGACCUGAUUAUUGUGUAAAAGCUCAGACAUACGUCGAGGCGAUCAACAGAAGCAGCAGCUUCAGCCAGACACAGUGCGUGAGGGCACAAGGUGGCACAUCCAUGUGGCUGGUUACUGCCCUCAUCUCCUCUGCUGGCUUUGCUGUGGCUGCUUUGACCCUGCCUUUCCUUACCUGGAAAACAAGUAAAAUCUUUCAGUAUUCCUGCUGCCCUGUUGCUGUCCUGCCAGACACACUGAAAGUAUCAGAACCCCCCACCCAGCUGAUACUGUGUGGCAGUGAAGAAGCUGAGCAAUGUGAUCUGAUGGUGCAUGUGAUGCCCUCAGAAGAAGUUCUCCGACUGUGGAUUCAUGAAACACUUUAGACCACCCCAGAAAAAAACAGCCUGUGGAAACAGAUCUUGUAAGCAGAGCUGGCAGAUUGUGCCCCAGCCACUUUCCUGAGAGUGCCAAUAAGUAACAUUGUUUUCUUUGUGUCUAAAAGCUGCUGCAAACCAAAGGUGUUGCAUAUGAUGAGCAUUUGGCCUCUUCUCAUCCUCUUUGUAGCAUCUUCAUCCAUCUACAUAAAAAGCAAGUAAAGGUCACAGGUGACAACUGCCAGUUUCUAUACUUUCCCUUCAUAUCCAUACCCAUGACCAGACAUGAGUUAACUUAUGUUCCCUUUACCUCUGUCAGCCACAUCGAUGGUCCCAAGGCAGAGCCCACCCUGCAGCCACCAGGAUUUCACCAGAACAGUAAAUGUAGAGCCCAGUCCCUUAGUUCCAAACCAUUUCAGCCUCAGUAUUUUUGCCUCAGUAUUUUUAAAAGAACUUGAGCAGCCAGUAAGAGCUGCUUAUGUGACUGAAACAGCUGGAAUGAGCAGGGAAAAAACUGCUUUUAGGGCUGCAGGCCCUGACCUGAGGUUACACUCAUUGAAAAGGAUGUUGACAGUGACUGGACACAACAUAAUAAUUUGCUGCAUGUGACAGAUAACAAUGUAUGGUGCCAACAAAACUUACAGACAGUCCCGUGAGGGAUGGCUGGGUUUCAGCAGUGCUUAGGGGGGAGUGAUGUGAGAAACAGCCAGACUUCAAAGAUGAUUGGAGGGAGCAUUGAGAACCUUUUGGGGAGCAGAGCUUUGCAAGACCAGCAGCAUCGUUAAUACUAUAUAGGGCCAAGAUCACCUAGGCAAGGAUGUCAAAAAUACGAAAGCUGGAUAUGCAUGAAGGAAAACUAGGACCUUUAGGAAAAAGAUAAUUAGGGGUGAAUUGUUUAAAUGAGAGGGGAUUGGAGUGGAGAAAGUUGAGGAAAGGACAGAGAAAGGUAGGCUCGAGAAAUGGGAAAGGGGACAAAAAGGUGUGCAAAUUAUGUGGUCAGGAUUGUCCAGGGUGCCUGCUGGGCAUCCCUGUGGUUCAACACCACACCUGAAGCAGGACAUUGAUUAUGUCACACAAGGCAAACCUGCUUCUGUGGUCAGGAGGGCCAGGGUGAGGGGCAACUGGAGUGCUUAUCGUGGCUAGUGGGGGAAUAUCAGGAUGGAGGGAUCAAGCAUCCCAGCAUUACAAUGUUAGUGGCCAUUCCAGGUCUGAUGACAUCAUUAUCUUCCAGACAUCUUGUCAUUAUCUUAAGGAAGGAAAUUGCAAAAAGACAAAGAGAAAAUCCUGCUAAAUACAAAUAAAAUAUAGUUGUUCUGCAUAUAUUGCAAUUAUGGCUGUCACUUUGAAGAAAAGUAAUUUAUUAGCUGUGGAGCAGAGACUUGUGCUAGCAGGGCAUGAAAAGACUUUGAGCUGAAAAGCUUUUUCUUAAAGCUAUCAGUGGAUCUAAUGAAAUGUAAGACAUCUCUCAAAGAAUGCGCCUUUUUAAAUUUCAUUCUUGCAAUCUUGUGUCGCGCCAUCAGGUGGCAACAAAGCACCGUGAAAAAGUAGAAGUGACUCAGGACUAUUCAUACCUCUGUUCAUGCCCCAGUCCUCGGCUAGCGCCUCACUGUCGUGUUGCAGCCCAGUUGCUUGUUUUAUUCCUGUCUUGCUAGCUUCUGUCUGGACAAUAUUAGGAUAACAUGCUUUGGUAUUAAAUAGUAAAAUUGGUGCUGCUGACUCUGUAGCUAAUUAUAUGGUGAGAAAAUCUGUGCAAGUCUGAGCAUUGAAGACUCAGGGUUGAUUUUCAUGGGUUUUGAUGGUUAAUUAAGCAAUGCCUAGUUGCAAACACCCAUACUAUGGUGGGCCCAGACAAGGAGAAGACUUGGGAGCAAAGAGGAGAAGGGCACGUGCAUGGGCUGAUAUGACAAGUGCUGAGGGGCCCAGCAGGUCUUGUGCAUAGCUCCCCAUUACAGAGGCCUUGGUCUAAAGCCGGUUUAGAGAGCUCCUAUGCCUUGCAUUUAUCCUUUUUUUUUAUU